AUGACCGCGACGGCCGCUCUGACGGCUCAGAACACUCAAGGCGUGUAUGGCAUCCAGGAGACGCCGUCGAAUUUCGUGCAGAAGCAGAUCGAUGCGUGCAUAGAAGACAUUGGCGUCGAUGUGCUCAAGACAGGUAUGCUGGCUUCGGCGCAGACCGUCAUGGUCGUGGCGAAUGCCAUCAAGGAGCAUAAAGUGCCGAUAUCAGUGGUCGAUCCCGUCAUGGUGGCCACGAGUGGCGCCCAACUAUUGCCUGAGAAGGCCGUCAAGACCCUUGUUCAAGAACUACUUCCAGUGACGACAAUCCUCACCCCAAACAUCCCCGAGGCCAAUCUCAUGCUACGAAAAGCCGACAAGGACCCAGUUGAGAUUCGAAACGUGGAAGACCUCAAGCGCCUCGCCUCUGAGAUCCAAGCACUAGGUCCCAAGUUCGUUCUCUUGAAAGGUGGACAUCUCCCGCUCACGAACGACUACCAAGUCGCGCGGACUGAAGAAGACAAGAAGAUUGUGGCGAACAUCCUCUUCGGUGGCGAUUCAGUGGAUGUGAUCGAGUUUCCCUUCCAAAAGUCACAGAACCUCCACGGCACCGGCUGCUCGUUAGCUUCAGCUCUUGCUUGCAACCUCGCUCUCGGCCUUGAUCUCGUCCAAGCCGUCCUGGCUGCUUCUCGAUACGUCGACGCCGGGAUUAAGACUGCCGUCAAGCUCGGUUACGGUCAAGGUCCUAUCAACCAUUUCCACUCGCUCCAAGUCCAGCCUUUCCCUCCAGGCGGCUUCAUCGACUACCUCCUGGACCGCUACGAUGUGCAACCUUCCUGGUUCGAAUACACGCAUCACGAAUUCGUCGAGCGAAUGGGAGACGGCACUCUACCACCGGAAGCUUUCAAGUUUUACAUGAUCCAGGAUUACCUCUACCUCACCCACUUUGCCCGAGCCAACGCCCUUGCUGGAUACAAGAGCAAACACAUCGACGACAUCGCUGGUGCGGCACAAAUCGUUCUCCACAUCAAUAAUGAAAUGCAGCUGCACAUCAAAGAGUGCAAGGACUUCGGUCUCACACAGGAGAUGAUGGACAAGUACGAAGAGAGCCAGGCGUGUACGGCUUACAGUCGCUACGUGCUUGAUAUCGGCCAGUCCGAAGAUUGGCUGGCACUGCAGAUCAGCUUGUUGCCUUGUCUGCUCGGAUAUGGUAUGAUUGCGCGGAGACUGAAGGAGCUGCAGAGGACGAAUCCGCCUAAGACGCCGAAUCGUUAUGUGACGUGGAUCAAUAACUAUGUUGCAGCGGAUUAUACCGAGGCUGUGAAGAAGGGGUGUGCACUGGUCGAGAAGCAUGCCUUCAAGCAGUCACCUACCAGGAUUGAGGAGCUGGUCAAGAUCUUCAUUCACGCCACCAAGAUGGAGACUGGAUUCUGGACCAUGGCAUCGUUAGCAGAGAGACGUAGUGCGUCGAGCACCAGGACAGACGCUCCCAGCAGGCAAUAG